AUGGCAAACAUAUCGAAAGACCGCCUCACGGGGCGUUUUCUGGCAUUCCUGCUGCUAGUCUUAGCGAACAAGGAGACAUCUUCAUUUUGUGUUCAGUCAGGCUAUAGAUCGAGACAUUAUUUCUCAGCAAACUUUCUUUCGGUACAGCCCUCCGAUGUAGCGAGGGGUAGCUCCACAGCUCCUGCUGCUGCCAUUGCUGAUGCUCCAACAGGAUCGAUCUAUCGCGAAGAGACUGUAGAUGUGGUAGUGAUUGGGGCCGGCGUAGGUGGUCUUUCCUGUGCCGCACUCUCUUCCAAGUAUGGGAUGGACACCCUGUGUUUGGAAGCUCACGAUACUGCCGGCGGUUGUGCCCAUUCAUUCGAAAGAUACAGUGCGGCAUCGAAAACAACACCCUUUCGCUUUGACUCUGGACCGUCGCUGGUUUCGGGACUCUCGGAAAAAGGUACCAAUCCGUUGAGGCAAGUUCUGGAUGCCGUCGGCACAGCGGAGGAGGUUCAAUGGAAAACAUACGAUGGAUGGCUGGUGCACGAUACGUCCGACGACAAAGUUUUCAAAGUGACUACAGGCGAUAGUGGCGCAUUUGAAGACGCGCUCGAGAAAAAGGCAGGAAUCAAUGCGAAAAGAGAAUUCAUAGAGUUCAAGAGAAAGGUGUUGGAGGAAGGGGGCCUUGCCGAAGCGAGUGCAUAUAUUCCACCAUUCGCUCUACGAGGAGGGAUUACGGCUUUGGCAAGUCUAGCGAAUUACAUGUUCAAGCUUUUGAGCAUCGGUAGUAAAGGAGCCUUGUUGACGGGUCCUUUUUCCAAAGUUAUGGACUUGCAUGGACUGAAGGACCCAUUCGUACGCAAAUGGUUCGAUUAUUUGGCGUUUGCACUUUCGGGAGUCGACGCCUCGCACACGCAGGCGGCCGCGGUGGCCUACAUGAUGAUGGAUCUACACAAAAAGGAUGCCGUACUGGACUACCCCAUGGGAGGAAUGGAUUCUCUUGUUCAAGCUUUGGUUUCGGGGAUCAAAACAAACGGAGGCGAGCUUCGAUUGAACAGUCGCGUGGAACGAAUGAUAUUGGAAGACAACAAUGGUCGCGUCGAAUGCAAAGGUGUGGUAUUGACGGAUGGCACAGUAGUAAAUGCUCGAAAAGGAGUUGUUUCCAAUGCGCCAAUUUGGAACAUGGCUCGCAUAUUGGAAGAUUCUGUGCCUGGUGAAGUAAACGAUGCCAGACGUUCUAUCGUCAAAGCAAUCCAGAAACAAGCAGAUGACAUGUCCAUGACGGGAUCAUUCAUGCAUCUUCAUCUUGGUAUUCCGAAGGCUGGUCUUCCCGAACAUUUAGAAUGCCACCAUUCUGUCUUAAACAUGCAAGAUGAUGUGACAGCCGAGCAAAACAUGGUAAUUAUAUCCAUUCCGACCGUGUUUGAUCCAAGCUUGGCUCCAGAAGGUUACCACGUUGUCCACGCUUACACAGCAGCUUGCGAUGGUUUCGACCAGUGGACACCGUAUCUCGACAGCGGAAAAGAAACUGGAAAAGUCGUUGAUGGCUACAACGAACUAAAGGACGAAAAAGCGGAUGUACUGUGGAGGGCGGUCGAGAGAGUGAUUCCUGACGUUCGCCUGCGUGCGAAGCAAAAAGGCAGCAUUAUCUUAGUAGGCACUCCCUUGACACACAGACGAUACAACCAGAGGUAUCGGGGUACGUAUGGGCCCGCACCUGGCCCGGGUAAAGACGUUUGGGAAUUGGCAGGGGCAACGACUAAAAUCAAAGGUCUCCUUGCUUGUGGCGAUUCUACCUUUCCGGGGAUCGGUUUGCCCGGUGUGGCUGCAAGUGGAACAAUAGCCGCAAAUACGAUGACCACCAUCGCAAAUCAAAGGAACCUUAUGAAGGAGCUGAAGGCGAAAGGCGCCCUCCAAUAG